AUGAGCUCUUCCUCAAGUGCAAAAUCCAAUGGAACCAUACAUAGGACAAAAAGACUCUUUCUGGGCAUGAGAAGGAGCGGAAAGACCUUGAUACUCCAAGUCCUCUUUGACGAUCUCCCUGUCAAACAAACUUUUUACCUCGAGCCCACCAUGCGCGUCGCAAAGCAUUUCAUUGAUACCAUCAUCCCAUUUGAGAUAUGGGACUGUCCAGGAAACAUCACUGUCGACACACUCGGCGCAUCUCUCAUUGAUUUUUCUACUAUAGAUCUGUACCAACAUCCCGUCUCAAAGCUCAUAGAAUUAAUCGUCGCAGCAUGCCAGGUCAACCCAGACAUAAAUUUUGAAGUAUUUGUGCAUAAAGCAGAAAGGCUUCAAGAGGACGACAAGAUUGAAAACUUCUGCCAGAUACACGAACAUGUCAUGGACCGCCUCGUAGACGAAUCCCCUGAAUUUGAGCAAUUCCCUCUCAAUUUCCAUCUCACCUCCAUAUAUGACCAUUCUCUCUGA